GUUAUGAACAUCCGCAGUGCUCAGCCCGACGACUUGCUGAACAUGCAGCACUGCAACCUCCUGUGCCUGCCCGAGAACUACCAGAUGAAGGACUAUUUCUGCCAUGGCCUGUCCUGGCCGCAGCUCUCCUAUGUGGCCGAGGAUGAGGACGGCCACAUUGUGGGCUACAUCCUGGCCAAAAUGGAGGAGGACGCCGAGGAUGCCCCCCAGGGACACAUCACCUCGCUGGCAGUGAAGCGCUCGCACCGCCGCCUGGGCCUGGCCCGGGAGCUCAUGGACCAGGCCUCGCGGGCCAUGGUGGAGAACUUCGACGCUGGGUAUGUGUCCCUGCACGUGAGGGGGAGCAACUGGGCCGCCCUGCACCUCCACCCCAGCACGCUCAGCUUCCAGGUCAGCGAGGUGGAGCCCAAGUACUACGCCGACGGGGAAGACGCCUUUGCCAUGAAGCGGGACCUCUUGCAGAUGGCAGACGAGCUGAGACGGCAGCGGAAGCUGAAGGAGGAGGGUGGUGGCAUGGGGCUGGGCCGCAGGGAGCCCCCCCGAGACCCAGAGCACCCCACCCGCAGCGGCUAA